AUAACAUCACGUGCAUGUUUCGUUCUGUUCAAACCCAUUCGAUCAUUAGCGCGCUCUAGAUAAACCACACAUAACCCAAAUAAUCAUUUUUCAAUUUCUCUCUCUGGUUUGCAUCGAUUUCUGCAUCGCGUGAAAUAUUUUCUUUAAUCAGCAAAACAUAAAAACGAUAAAUGCAUUGGUUGAUGUGAUGCUCUAAAACCUUCACGAAAUCAAGCUAGAUAAAAUGGAAUUUUUCCUGCGUGGUCUGGUUAGUAGUGUUCCCAUCGCACACCAUGAUUCUAAAACCUCAAGUUUACGUACUCGUGAUCGGGGUUUUUUCGAUAAUUCAAGCUAGUGAUUUUCGAGUGAUCGAAAAACUUUUGGAUCAGUGCUCGACCAAAGAUGAGAUGUUUAAGUGUUUUAAGAUACAGGCGAUUAAAGUGGCUGACAGGGCUGUCAGGAUGAGGAAUUUGAAUUUAUUUGGUGGUGUUAGUCUGGUGGCUAACACGAGGCAAGGAAGGAGUAUGCAAUUCGGGUUGAGUUUGAAUGAGACGAAGUUAGAAAAGUUGGAUUCUGACCAGUUGGAUGAGAUGUUACAGACUACGACUGAUAGAUUCAUGAAAACCCACCAGCUAGAAAUCAAAGUUCCAGAGUUAGUAGAGGAGGGACGAAAGAGAAAAGGCCAAGGGGGAGGAGGAGGCGGCAAUGCUGCUCUUUACUGGGCGCUAGCCAUUAAAGGUACCUUCCUAGCAAUCGCCUACAAAGGCAUAGCAGUAAUGUCGGGUAUAGCCAUCAUUAUGGGCAAAAUGGCUUUGCUAUUAACAGCUAUUUUAGGUCUGAAGAAAUUGGUAAGCAGUGGCAAAGAGCAAACUACGUUUGAAAUUGUCAAACAGCCCAAAUACAGUGAAAGUCACACGCAUUCUACUUCAUAUGAUGAUGAAGAGGGUUAUAGUCAUCAUAGGUUAUACGAUACUGCUGGUAAUGCAUCUAGAAGGAUUAUAAGAACGUAUAUUUAAGAAAAGUUUAGUUUUAUUAAUGAAAAUUGUAAC